CAGCCCGAGCCGCGGGUCCGGCCUGCUUUACGGCAGUGCCUGCUCACGGGACCAGCCUUCCCCAGUCGCCUCAGCGGCCUCCACGUGGAGAGAGCAGCGCCCGGAGCAGCCGCUGCCAUGAGGCGGCCCAAGUUGAACAAGGCUAGUAAGCGCAUGACCUGCCAUAAACGAUAUAAAAUCCAGAAGAAGGUUCGGGAGCACAGCAGAAAACUCAGGAAAGAAGCCAAGAAACGUGGGCACAAAAAGCCCAAGAAAGAUCCAGGAAUUCCCAAUGCUGCACCUUUUAAAGAAGAGGUUCUUCGUGAAGCGGAGCAAAGGAAGCAAAGGCUUGAAGAACUAAAACAAAAGCAGAAACUUGCUAGGCAGAAAGACCUUGAAAAGAAAAGAAAGCUACAGGCUAAAAAGAAUGCUACCGAAGCAAAUAAACAUCCAGAGGAGAAGGAAUCAACCAUGAAACUAAAAGCAAAAUCUAACACACUGCUGGAUAAAAAUUCAAAGAAGUCAUUUUGUAGAGAACUUAAAAAGGUGAUUGGGGCUUCAGAUAUAGUCCUGCAGGUCUUAGAUGCCAGAGAUCCCCUGGGCUGUCGAUGCUCCCAGGUGGAGCAAAUCAUUACUCAGUCUGGAGGUAACAAAAAGCUACUAUUGGUGUUAAACAAAAUCGAUCUGGUACCAAGGGAGAACUUGGAGAAAUGGUUACAUUAUUUGAAGAAUGAGUUUCCAACAGUCGCUUUUAAAUCCGCAAUGCAGCUGAAGGACAGAAGUGUGCAGGAGAAGCAGCUCAGAAAGAAGCAAGCUCACAUUGACUUGUCAAGAGGCAGCAUGUGUUUUGGAAGUGAGUGUCUUUUGAAGCUUCUUCGAGAGCACUGCAAGACUCAAGACAAAGCCAUUCAAGUUGGGGUGAUAGGCUUUCCUAAUGUGGGGAAGAGCAGUAUAAUCAAUAGUCUGAAGGAGGUGCGUGUCUGUAAUGUGGGGCCAGUCAGAGGCGUUACCAAGUGCAUGCAGACAGUCCAUAUUGACAAACAAAUCAAGAUGAUAGACAGCCCAAGCAUCAUUGCAGCCCCUUCCAACUCUGCUCUUGCUCUGGCUUUGAGGACCACCACAGAUACUGAAGAAUCAGGAAAAUUAUUAGAUGCAGUAAAUGCUAUUCUGAAGCACUGCAGUAAACAGCAGGUGAUACUGUACUACAACAUCCCAGACUUCAGAAACUCUGUGGAGUUUUUAACUUUACUUGCACAAAAAAGGGGAAUGCUGAAAAAGGGAGGUGUCCCUGACACAGAGAGUGCAGCUAAAUUACUACUUUACGACUGGACGGGUGCCAAAGUUAGUUACCAUUCAUUGCUUCCUGCAUCACGGAGUCUGUCACCACACCUCACCAAGGAGGUGGUAGCGGAAAUGCAGCAGGGUUUUAACUUAGAGGAGCUGGCAAAGGAUAAUAUGAACACUAUUAAAGCUGUAAAACAUCCCAAUCUGGCAAGCAGUAUCGUUUUCCAGUCUUCUGGCUUGACAAAUGGGACAAUAGAAGAGAAUGAACUAACUGAGGGAACAUCAGAACUGGAGAACAUGGAAACAAGUGAAGAAGGGGAGGAUUUAACUGAAGAUGACCAGGACAGCGAUGAGGAAGAGGAAGCUGUUCAAGAGGGAAGUGAUGUUCAGACAAACAACAAAACAAACCCUGCAAAACUGAGCAUGGAGGAUGGAAGCUCAGAAGAGCAAACAGCAGGUGAACAGUCCCGUACUUUAUCAUUCAACUUGGAUGAGACAACUGAUCAGGAUGAUGCUUAUGAUUUUAAUACAGAUUAUGUGUAAAGACAGAAAAACAUACACUCAAAGGCCUAAUUUUGAGAAGGGCAUUGCUAACUUUCUAAGUAGCUAUAAAGCAUCUCUCCUUCGGCCUCUUUCAUGGACCUUGCUUGCAAGAGGCUGCUGCAAAGACCCGAUAUCUCUACUGACGUGAAAUAUUAUAUAGAAUGCAACUUACACAUGAUUUUCAAACUUAAUAUUUUGUUUUCUAGAACUGUGUAUACUUCAGUUUUGUAAAUGUUGUAGUUCUCUAAAUUAAACUUCUGUAAAAAGAUUUUAUUAAAUGAAUCUUAAGGACUAAAUAGCCUCUGAGUCUUAUAUGUACUGUAGGAAAAAGAUGUUUCAGAAGAAGUUACUCACUACUGUUUUCCAUUUUGUAACUAUAAGAUAAACAUUAAAGUUGACACAGUAUAAACUAUGAAAUUGCAGAUAUUGUUUUCACCCUCACUCCAUUCAGAUCACAAAUACUUACACUAGGAAGAAUCUAAUCCUUAGCAAAAGGUAUCAAAGCUCUUUCAACCAAGGCAACUUCACAGUACAAAGUUAUAGUAAUUACUAUCAAAUUAACCCACAGAAUUUAGUCUUGACUACAUAAAAACCUUCCUACACUUAAAAAAAAAAAGUCAAGCUAACUAUAAGAAUCCCUAUUCACUGCACACAGAAAGUCUCAUGUGCAUGCUUAAUCCCUUCAGCUUGGUGCAAACUUGAAAGGUUAUAAAAUGUAUAUUCUGCCUUUUAGGACAAGAGGUAAAUACCUCCUGCAACCCGCCUAUUGCUAAAGAAGAAGAAACUAGUUGCUGCAGAAACAGAUCACAAUAAUAUACCUUAAGGAAUGCUAAAAAUUGACAUUCAAUGUGUAACCUCUUGAAUUACACUUACCAGCUGGGAGAAAAGGAGAUGCAUGUGCAAAACAGCUAUGCUAGGACUCCAGCUGCUUGGCUCUGCUUAAUUUAAAGGGCCAGGCUCAGACAGGCAUGCUGUAAUAUUUCCUUUAAUAGGGCAGUGUUCCCCUGGUGAGUUACUAGAAACCAGACAAUCACAAAAGAAGGUGCUCCAGACAGAAUAAGGGAUAGUACCACUAUCUCUGACAUAUAUUAAAAACAAGGUUAUUACUAGCCUCAACUUUGCCAGUUCUCACUGUAAUUCAAUACUCCUUCCAAAUGGCAGGGGCAAUAGUUAAUCACUUGAUAUUACUUGUUUCAGGCUCUAAAAAUUGACAUGUUUCUAAUUUGAAAACUUAAUACUCAAGACAUUUUGCAUAUUUUCUUUUUACAAUUAAUUGAAGUGCCAAGGAAAUUCAUUUCUUUAAAAAAUUACAUUUCUUAAUUAGAUGCAAAAUCUACUGAAACAGACAAGUUUCCACUACUAGACCAAGUAUUUCAAGACCAGAAUGAGUUUUAUAUUCAUCUGAUGCUCAAAUUACUUGAACAAUUAACCUUAAAUCGUUUUAUUUUUUAACAAAGUUUAGUUUAUUCCACACCUUUAAAAACAGUUUGUGUUGAGUGGCAAUCACAUUAAAAAAAUUCUCAGUGAAAUAACACUUGAAGUCGCCUUUGAAAAAUAAAGAGUAAGAUCAUACACACACAGACAGUGCAAGAAAGGUUACAUAUAAAUGGUGAGUAGGUCUUCAUGCAAAAGAAAGUGCCUUUUAUAAAGCUCCAUAUAUCAGAGGAUAAGAUACCAAGAAACCAGUAGCAGCUUUUGA